AUGUGGGAGGCGAAGCUGGAGCCCAACGUCAUCAGCUACAGCGCUGGGAUCAGCGCGUGCAAGAAGGGCGAGCAGUGGCAGCUGGCGCUUGCGCUGCUGAGCGAGAUGUGGGAGGCGAAGCUGGAGCCCGACGUCAUCAGCUACAACGCUGGGAUCAGCGCGUGCGAGAAGGGCGAGCAGUGGCAGCGGGCACUUGCGCUGCUGAGCGAGAUGUGGGAG